AUGGAUCGAGAGUGCGAAGACGGUGGAGAGAGAGGACGGGUUGGUGUGGCUCGCGGGUGGACUGGUUGAUGCGGCUGUCAGGCGCGUGACCGGCACGCGGAGUAUUCCGGUGAGGACUACAGAGGGAUUGAAGGUAAUUUGUUCAGUCCAUUCCACCAUGGUGGGUCUCGCUUAAGUUACGGGUAUGUGGCGAUGCAGGAGGAUCGAGCGGAUGGCAUCGACGAAAUUGGUGGCCCGAAUAGGAACAGGAGGCCAUGGUUGUGGAGGUGGACCUUGGCAUGGAGAGUUUGGCCGGCAUAAUGAGUCUGUACUUGGUGGGCGGCGAUUGGGCGGCGGAGAUGGUGACGGGAGAUUCGGUGGACGAUGAAGUCGCCGCCGGCGAACAGGGUGGCUUCUCAGAUGAUCCGGGUUUUGGUUAAUUAGUAGAAUUGGUGAAAGGGUAAUAUGGUUAUUUCCCAGACAAUUGAGGGGGUAAUUUGGUAAUUAAGGCAAAUUCCAUUUUUUUGGAACAUUGACUUUGACUAAUUGACUUUGACCUCACACUCUGUUUUGGUCCUGGACAGUUUAACCUGUAACUUGUUUGGGAAUGUAUAUAAUAAGCAUGAGCUUCCCAAGCUCUUUCAAUGUUCAAGACGCCUUUGCACACUUGAAGCAUUAGUCAAUUAACCCUCCUUUCACUUCAUGCCGUUCACUUUGUAAAGGUGAAUUAUUAGUCCUUUUUACAAUGGGCGAUCCCACUGAUAAGGACCUGCAAACGAAAGAGAUGGACAUUAGAAGCUUGUCAUCCUCUCAACAUCGAACACAAAGUUGUCCUAGAAUUCACAAGGUGGGAGUCCCCCCUAAGCAAAGCCUCUUGAAGGAGUUCACGGCCACUGUGAAGGAAACAUUAUUGGCUGAUGAUCCUCUGCGUGCCUUCAAGGGUCAAUCACGGUCUCGAAAAUUCACCCUAGGCAUGCAGACCAUUUUCCCCAUUCUUGAAUGGGGGCAAGAUUAUAAUUUAACAAAAUUUAGAGGGGAUCUCAUUGCAGGACUCACCAUUGCAAGUCUUUGCAUUCCUCAGGAUAUCGGGUAUGCAAAGCUUGCGAAUUUGCCUCCCCAGUAUGCAUUGCACUCCAGCUUUGUUCCACCAUUGAUUUAUGCCUUCAUGGGUAGUUCACGCGAUAUAGCCAUAGGGCCGGUGUCUAUGGUGUCACUCUUGUUAGGAACAUUGCUCAAGAACGAGAUUGAUCCCUAUGCAAAUGCAGCUGAAUAUCUGCGACUUGCAUUUACAGCUACUUUCUUUGCCGGGAUCACUCAAGUUACCCUUGGGUUUUUCAGAUUGGGUUUCUUAAUUGACUUCCUAUCCCAUGCUGCCAUUGUUGGAUUCAUGGGUGGAGCUGCCAUUACAAUCGCUCUCCAACAGCUCAAAGGUUUUCUUGGAAUCACGAAAUUCACGAAGAAAACUGAUAUUGUUUCUGUAAUGAAAUCAGUGUGGGGUUCUGUCCAUCAUGGAUGGAACUGGCAGACUAUAAUCAUUGGAGUGGCCUUUUUGGCUUUUCUUCAAUUUGCGAAGUUCAUUGGAAAGAAGAACAAGAAAUUUUUUUGGGUACCAGCAAUUGCUCCAUUGAUCUCUGUUAUCCUGUCCACCUUUUUUGUAUAUAUCACUCGUGCAGACAAGCAAGGUGUUCAAAUUGUGAAGCAUAUAGAGAAAGGAAUUAAUCCUUCAUCCUUGAAUGAAAUAUAUUUCUCCGGAAAAUAUUCUAUAAAAGGUUUUAAGAUUGGUGUCGUGGCUGGUAUGAUAGCAUUAACGGAAGCUGCGGCAAUUGGAAGAACAUUUGCUUCCAUGAAGGAUUAUCAGCUGGACGGAAACAAAGAAAUGGUGGCAAUAGGAACAAUGAAUAUUGUUGGCUCGAUGACCUCCUGCUAUGUGGCAACAGGUUCCUUCUCUCGCUCGGCAGUUAAUAACAUGGCUGGCUGCCAAACUGCAGUUUCUAACAUUGUGAUGUCCUUUAUUGUAUUCCUAACCUUAUUAUUCAUCACACCCCUAUUCAAGUACACCCCAAAUGCCAUUCUUGCUGCCAUCAUUAUAUCUGCAGUCCUUGGCCUAAUGGACUACGAGACACCAAUUUUGAUAUGGAAGAUCGAUAAAUUUGAUUUUGUUGCCUGCAUGGGAGCCUUUCUUGGUGUGAUUUUUGUCAAUGUUGAGAUAGGUCUCUUGAUUGCGGUCGCAAUAUCCUUCGCUAAAAUCCUCCUACAAGUUACAAGGCCAAGGACAGCUCUUCUUGGGAGGAUCCCCCGGACAACUAUUUACAGGAACAUCCAACAAUAUCCAGAAGCAUCUAAGGUUCCGGGCAUUUUGAUUGUGAGAGUUGAUUCUGCAAUCUACUUUUCUAACUCCAACUAUAUCAAAGAGAGGAUAUUGAGAUGGUUGACUGACGAAGAAGAGCAAUUAAAAGCAGCAUACCAACCUAAUAUUCAAUUUUUGAUUGUUGAGAUGUCACCCGUUACUGACAUUGACACCAGUGGCAUCCAAGCCUUGGAAGAGUUACACAGGAGUCUCCAAAAGAGAGAUAUUAAGCUUGUUCUGGCAAAUCCAGGGCCAGUGGUGAUUGACAAGCUACACGCAUCCGAUUUUGCCAAUGUGAUUGGUGAGGACAAGAUCUUCCUCACCGUGGCAGACGCCGUGCUAACCUGUUCACCAAAAUUGACGGAAGAGGUUUGAGAUGCGAAAUGGAAAAACAAGUAAGCCACUGAGAGAGUGACGCAUAGAGUGUUAGGGUGACAGAGGACAUAUAUAUAAUGUUGAAAAAAAUGAGGGAGUGCAGAGUGCUAAUCCACAAGAAAAGGCGUGCACACGUUCUGAUAAAGUUCUUCCUCAAACUAAACUAUGGCACUUUUUAGUUUCGAUACAUCACGAAUGUAACCUCACUGUGUAGUACAUGUUGACUCAAGAAAAUUCCUACUCGUAUGUGUAUCUUUCAAUAGUCUCGUACCCUUGAAGGGGUACGAUAGUGUACAUUUUCCCGUUCACAGGAUAAAGGAUUUCCAGAAAGUGUCUGUUCAUUAGGUUGAAUAGACUGUAAUGAUCACUGAAAAAACAAUAUUAAUAUAAAGUGUUAGUGUUUCGUCUCCUUUAUUUUCUUUUAUUUGUUAUGUAAAUUAUUGAAGUUAGUGAAAUUAAAUGAAUUUGCCAUCAGAAA